AUGUACAACAUGUGUACACAGCCAGAGCUCGUGUUUAAGGUGGCGAUGAAGCAAUACCUGCGGGUCGCUCUCUUCUUCAACCUGCUCUUCGCCAAGCUUAGCGUCGCGAUGCUGAGCUUGAGCGAAGGAAGCAGUGUCGGAUGA